CGGAACUUAAAAUGUAUCCAAAGAGGAACACAUGCCAACCAGCAGUGCAGUCACUCAGUGCGCGCGUCAAACACACUACAUACAAUAACAUUGCAUUUUUUUUUUUACAUUAUUAUUAUUUUUUAAAACUAGUUCAGCCAUGUCCGGAGCGUUGGCAAGGCUGCUUUUCUACCCGACGUUAGCCUACAACGUUGUCUUGGAGAAGGUCACAUCUCGACGGUGGUUCGACCGGGUGGACCAGACUGUGAUCCUCGGAGCUCUGCCGUUCAGAUCCAUGACCACACAGCUGGUAGAAACACAAAAUGUUGAGCGUCAUCACAUAAUGAGGAUGUAUGAGACCAAAAUAUUUUGCUGCUGGUUGCAGGAGUGGCAGGCUGCAGGGGUCGAGCAGCUGAGGUUGAGCACCGUUGACCUCGUCGGCGUUCCCAGCCUGGAGAACCUGCACCGAGGCGUAGAGUUCGCCCUGCAGCACCGAGAGCGGGGGACCAGCGUGUACGUCCACUGCAAGGCCGGACGCUCCCGCAGCGCUACACUGGCUGCUGCGUACCUCAUUCGGUUACACUGCUGGACUCCAGAGGAAGCCUGUCAGAAGCUGGCGUCUGUUCGACCACACGUCCUGGUUCGCUCCGCUCAGCUGGAGAUGCUGAGGACUUACCACCAGCAGGUGUGUGGACAGUCCAGCUGAGAGAGAGCAGGGCGGCGGCUCAGACCUCAUUAUGAUCCCACAGAAGCUGGAAGACUGGACACAGAAUCUUGUGCAAAGCCACAAUGACAUGACACACAGUUGCACACAGCUGCACAACUUUUUGUUUUCCCCUUAUGUUUUUAAAUCUUUUCUUUUACUGGGAAAUGGUUUUAAUUUUACAGCAUAUCGGUGAGCUCACUGACUGCCUGGUUUCCUCCUUGAGGCCGAAACAUUCAUUCAGUAUUUAAUUUAACGAAAUGUAAACACUUGGAAACUCUCCGGGCUGACGUCCUGUGUGAAUUUCUGUGUGCUUGUUGUGUUUGGACUGCGGUGGCGUCACAAGACGAGAUGGACAUUUGAGUGUGUAACUCAGCAACGACGCAGUUACUGUGUAUAAGCAUGUUUUGCUAUGGUGCCUCGUAACUUUAAAAAUACUUAAGAUGUUCAAUAAAAUAUUUGUAUGAUAAAUACAGUC